UCUCAAAUAGGUAGUGCAUGCUACGCCCCUGUCUAUUAGAAAUUCCAUUUUUUAAAUAGUCUUCUGAUACGUUUUGGGGAUUAUAAUGUACAAAGCUCAAAGAAUAUCGAAAAUGCAAUAAAUGCAGAGUUAAAAUAUUAAAGUAAGUAAGCGAUUAAAUGACUUCUUUUGGAUACAAAGGUCAAUUUUCAAAGGUGGGGUUACACUCGUUGGGAUGGGGCCUUAGUGUUGACGUUGACGGUUGACGACGGUGACGUUUGUUGAAAAAAGAAAGCAGUCGCAAAAUGGAGACUAGUAUGUGAUGUGACUCAAUGCUCGUUUAAAGUCUAUGUUACGCUAGAAAAUAGCGGAUUUUCUACUUUCUACGUUUUUGUACCCAUUUAUCCACCAUUUUGUGUAAUUCAUGUGUGCCCAAAAGUGAUAUAUUAGAGGUGUUAAACAGUUGAGAAAGGAAGAAAAAAGAAAGUUUCACCAUGAACCUCCGUCAGUUGAAUGUUAUAGUUUGGAAGAAUUUGAUAAUAAGAAAAAGGCACUGGCUUUUAACAACUGUAGAAGCAUUUCUACCUAUUGCCCUGUUUUUCAUCAUUGCCUAUGGCAGAAGUCUUCUACCAGGACUGAAGAAAGAAAAUGUUACAGAGCCGACCUACUAUGAUGAACGGUCUGUCCAAUAUAAUCAUUUCGAUGUUGGUCAGACACACUUGCUGUUUGCACCUGCAACUCCUUUUUACAAAAACAUAAUAGAAGGCAGCGAGUGGAGUGUAGUUGAAAAAUUCCAGUUUCAGGGAGAUCGGCCAGCAAAUGUAUUCCUUGGAGAAAAUGUAUCUUUUUGACGCCAUUGGAUACUGGGAAUGAAACAGAAAGCAGCAGGAAAUCAAAAGGCAAGGCUCUGGACAUGGAAGCUUCGCCAACUGCCAAAGUGAUGCAAGCGGAUUUGAGAUCAGGAGAACUACUCCUCUCAAGUGAUUUCAACAUUAAGAAGAUGCCGGGCAGAGAGGUAUUUCUCAACAACAGACUAUCCGACGCGAAUGUCCGGGGAUUCGACACAGAAGAAUUACUGAUGCGAUACUUCGAAACCAACCAUAAUGACACGGUUGUUGUCGUGCUGUUCAAGGGAGAUGACAAAAAUCUCGAUUACACUAUCAGAUUUUUCAGCAGAGGAAACUUCCAAUCGAAUGUCGCUCAGACUUCGAAAAGAUACAGAGGAAAAUUGGCGGGGAUCAAUGAGGCGGAUACGACAUCUGAUUACAAUUGGAAGGGAUUCCUAUCACUGCAGGCGGCGAUAGAUGUAUCCUUCAUGGAGAAUGUUCUCAAAAGGAACAAUCCCUCCGUUUUGUUCACGAAAGUGAUGCCAUAUCCACCGCAUAUCGUAGACAAUGGAGUCGAUGCUAUCUUCAAGGAAAUGCUACCCUUGAUCACACUUUUCAGCUUCAUCUUCUUGUGCCCCGCCGUUUUGAAGAGGGUUGUUGAGGAGAAAUAUUCGGGAACCAAGGAACUCAUGAAGAUGGUGGGAAUGAAAUCUUGGAUGUUAUGGUUAGGCUGGUUCAUUUAUGGACUAAUUCCCAUGAUGUUUGCCGUUAUAGUUAUUGUUAUUUUGAUGAAAGUUCGAAUGUUUGACACUGAAUAUCCCCCUAUAGAAUUUAUGGAUGGUACUCUGUUGUUCUGUUUCUUGAUACUGUACUGCAUGGCGGCCAUUGUAUUCUGUUUUGCGAUCAGCUCUUUCUUCAGUAAACCGAUGGUUGCUAUGGUUACGGGCAUGUUGGUUUGGAUUUUAUCAUAUUUCAUACCAAAAUACGCACUGAAUCUGGAUACAGGAAAACAAAUACCCUGGUCCAUGAGCAUUAUUCUGAACCUGUUGCCAAAUAUGGCACUUCAUUUUGGUUACAGUAUCAUUGCAUCAUAUGAAGAAAGAGAAUUGGGGGUUCAGUGGAACAACUUCUACAAACCGAGUAGUGGCAGUAAGGAUGACAUUACAAUGAACAAUGUUUUUAUCAUGCUGAUUGUCGAUAUUGUAUUCUACAUGCUCUUCACCUGUUACAUGGAUAAUGUCAAUCCCGGAAAGUAUGGUGUCAGAAAAUCUUUCUUAUUUCCAUUGAAGUCUCUUUUCAAGUUUUUGAGGCGCGACAACAAUAUCGAGGUCGGUGCAGCUACAGUCCAUCUGCAGAACGUAGAAGAGGGCCAUGGAUACAAAAAGGGUAUAGAAAUCAUCAAUUUGUGUAAAAGGUAUAGUACUAAAGUGGCAGUGGACAAUUUGACCUUGGACAUUUACCAGAACCAGAUAACUGUAUUGCUUGGACAUAAUGGAGCUGGCAAAUCAACUACGAUGUCUGCCAUCACAGGAAUGAUCGAGGCCACUUCAGGGGUGAUAAAAGUGAACGGAAUGAACAUCAAGGGUAACAUGGAUGAAAUAAGAAAGACAUUGGGGCUGUGUCCACAACAUAACCUUCUUUUUACCGAUUUGACAGUUGCAGAACAUCUUAUAUUCUUUGCCAAGUUGAAAGGAAAAUCGUCGGAGGAAGCAAGGAGAGAAAUGAAAGACCUAUUGAAGAAGCUGAACAUGUCGGAGAAAGAAGACUCCAUGGCGGCUACGCUAUCUGGCGGUAUGAAACGUAAAUUAUGCCUGGGUAUGGCGAUCAUAGGUGGAUCAAAGAUUCUCAUAUUGGAUGAGCCGUCAUCCGGCAUGGAUCCUGAAUCUCGUAGGGAGCUGUGGGACUUGCUACUUAAAUGGCGCGGAGAAAAGACUAUUCUUAUUACAACACAUUUCAUGGAGGAAGCGGACGCACUGGGUGACUGGAUCGCUAUAAUGGCGAACGGCACUUUGCAGUGUUAUGGCACGCCCAUGUACUUGAAGAAGAAAUACGAUACCGGAUACCAUCUAUCAAUUAUGGUGAAAGGUAGUGUAACUGCAGAAGAUGAGAAAAAUAUCCGAAACGCUAUCACAGAAUACGUCGAAGAGGCUCAAUUUAAAACACGCAACGGAAAUAACAUUGUGUAUGUUAUACCUAACGAAGUACAGGGUAAAAUCAAAAAUCUUAUGAAGAACCUUGAAACCAAAGAACACGAACUGAAUAUUGAGAAUAUUUCUAUUAUGCAUACGACUUUAGAAGACGUAUUUUUGAAGGUUAAAGUCGAUACUGAAACAGAGGGCAGUCAGGACCAAGUUGAUAUUGCAGAUAAACUAACCAAAAACUGUCUUUACAAGAAGCGUUUCAUCACUCUGUUCCGGAAGAAGUAUUGGUUCUUAAGACGAAAACUAGUAUCAUAUGCGAUUCCAAUUGCAAUCGCCUCUAUAUUCUUCAUCCUAACGGUUUACCUGAGCGAAAAUUCGGAUGACUUUGAUGAAAGUGGCGGUCCAGUUUUGAAAUUGAGGUUGAGCAGUUACGGCCCUAGUUCAGUCUACUACAAUGUCAGUCACAGCAACGACAGGAGUGGAUUGAUAAAAUCUUACUAUAAAAAUCUUGUGGAAGCAGACGGCAGCACAGCAUUCAACGUUCCAAAUGUUGAUGAUUCAAUUAUAAGAAAAGGAUUGGAGAAUAUUAUAUAUUACAAGGAACACGUCAUCGCCGGUGCUGAAUUCGAUAUCACUCCAGAAUAUAUCAAGGCAACUGCUCUUUUCAACAUUGAGGCGAUUCACAGUGAACCAAUUUCAUUCAAUUUGAUCACAAACUCUCUCGUCAAAAGCUUACUAGGCCCUGACUACUCUAUAUCUGUAUCGAAUUGGCCGCUUUCCGCAAAACUGGCGUUUAUGGAUACACAGGAAUACAUCAAAGUUAAAGUAACGCUCUUGUGGCUGAUACUGAUCCCCAUCGGAUGUCUCUUCGUUUUAGGAAGUUUCAUUUUGUACCCCUGGGUGGAGAAAUCUACAAAGUUCGACCAGCUGCAGUACAUGUGCAGUACUACGCCGUUCUAUUAUUGGUUCAUCAAUUAUAUUUCGGAUUUAGCUAUUUACGCUUUAAUAAUGUUCGUGAUGGCUGGGAUUGUUUCCAUAUUUUCUGCGCCUUUCCAUGGUGGCACGGAAUUUGGAAUUCUGUACGCCAUCUUCCUGAUCUACGGCAUAGUUGGCCUACCAUACACGUACCUGUACAGUCGUUGCAAAUCAUCAUCUAGCGCGUUCGCCCUGUUCAUCAUAUGCGGACUGUUCAUGGGCGUAAUCCCUACCCUGGUCGUAUGGGGCAUGACGGAAGCCGAUGAGUACUAUGCGAAUAUAGGCAGGACGUUGAAGGACGUCCUCAUGUGCUUGUGUCCACAGUUUACUCUCACUUAUCUGUUGACGUUCUUCGCGCAAGAUGCUGUCGAUAAUUACAACUUCAAGGUCACCCCGCAAAGGGUCGCCGCGUAUUGCACUCAUGAGCCGGAUAUGCCGUGCUGUAGGGGUGGCGGACAAUGUGUCGAUUACAACAAACUUAUCGAAUCAAACGUCGUAUGGUUCACAAUAUGCUUCGUCAUCUUCUCAUUGAUAACCAUAGUCCUUGACACGUACUGCUUCAAACGUAUCAUCUCAAAGAUCACGUACAAGUUCAGCAAACUGAUGUACGGCAAUUAUGAGCAGAUCAACUCUAGAAGAGACGUCGAUGGCGACAGCCAGUACAGCGACCUCAGCCUCAAGGCAAAGAAGCUCAAAAAGUCGUAUUCGGGAAAGCAGAUUGUGAAAAAUAUCAAUUUCACGUUGGGCAACGGCGAAUGCCUGGGCAUUCUGGGGGUCAAUGGAGCUGGGAAGACUACAACUUUCCGGUUGUUAACAAGGGAGGAAGUCGUUGAUGGAGGAGAAGUAGAUAUGACCUUGAACAAUGAGACUAUCAAAAUCAAUGAUGGAAAAUACUUGGAGCAGUUAGGAUAUUGUCCACAAUCCGAUGCCUUGAAUUACGUUUUGACUGGUCGUGAGAUUCUGACCACGAUCGCAAGUCUGCGGGGAAUCGAUGAUCCAGAAUAUAUUGAUAAUUUCCUCAAAGUUUUUGAUCUUGAGAAAUACGCGGACAUUCCUUGCGGUCAUUACAGCGGAGGUAACAAGCGCAAGCUGAGUCUUGCCGUCUCCUUGAUUGGUCAUCACAAAUUCGUACUACUGGACGAACCGACCAACGGCGUUGAUCCAUCGGGAAGAAGGAAGUGCUGGGACCUCAUCAAGAAGAUGCAGGAUAAGCAGAACUUGUCGUUCAUCUUAACCUCGCAUAGUAUGGUGGAAUGUGAAGCUCUUUGCAACAAACUGAAGAUUAUGAAAAAUGGCGAGUUCCACAAAGAAGGUACCAUAAGCACGUUGAAGAAUGAAGUAGGUGGGUUCAGUUUGAAAAUCAAACUGAUCAACAGAGAUAUGGGCGUAGAUGAAGUCGAUUUUGCCAAGGACAGGGACGGCAACGUACAUUUCACCAAUGUGGAAGAACUAAAAAGGUAUUUCGUGGAAAAAUGUAAAGCAGAGGUGAAAGAUGAGCAUUCUGGUCUUUUGCAUUUAUACAUUAAAGAUAAAAAUAAGAGAUGGAGCGAGAUUUUCGAAGAAGUUGAAAAAAUCAGUUCGGAAAAUCGGCAUUUGAUAGAAGAUUUUUCAAUAAGCGAAGCUUCUCUUGAGGACGUGUUUUUGUCGGUUGCACGGUCUGAUAGUAUGCAAGGAACGUGAUUGUAAUUAUUUUUAUAUAACAGUGUUUAUAACUAGUUCGAGGGGCUACUGCUCGGAUUUAAGUGGUACUGAGAUCGUAAACUUGCCAACAAUGUGUUGUUCUAUUCGACAAGCCAACUUAAAGCGCGAAAUAUACCAACUAAGGAUGAAAAGGUUGAGUACCGGAGAAGAAUAGAAAUUACUAGAUCGAACCGUUGCAUGUUGCAAUGAAAGGCGAGGUGAUUGUAGAAACAUUAUUUAAUAGUUCACUUCAAGAAGAGUGAAUAUUGGGACGCAGACGCGGUAAUUGCCCAGCGGGCGCAGAUUUGUAUGUUGUGAGAUGGUUAAUUCAAAGCUCAUUCAAUCUCAAAGAGCUCCUGGAAGAACUUUACGGGUAGUCCUGCUGCUGCUAGUUCAAAUAAUAUCAUGAAAUUAUUUCAUCACUUUGGCUUUACUUUGCCAAAGACUCAAAAGUCGAAAAGCUUUCGUCUGUUCAACCAACCGUACACGAAAUUCAAACCCUAGCCGUACUUCGUCCAAUUCUUCCAUUUUCGCAUAUUUUAUUUGAAAUUCUCAGAAAAAUAAACGUUGUCAGUUUUCCUUUGUUGCAUCUUGCCAGACCCCAGUUGACCCCGUGAGGGUGGAACUAUGAUCAAAAGCAGAGCAGUAACCUCUAUCAGGCAUAUUGUGAUAAUGAAAUAUCUCAUACAAGUGCCAUGCACUACCAGUAUCAGCCACAGAAACGAAGCGCAGGCGAAUUCAAGAUGGGACCAUGAUCUCACUCUUCGCCAACAGCUGGGUUGAGGUACCCUUGCGCACGUAGUUGGCGAUACUUGGUGCCUUUGAAAAUUUGAGACAUUUUUUACAAUCUAAUUCAUAAUCACUAUAUCCUUGGUAGAGGUCGCUACUCAUCUUUCGUUCGUUGACCUACCUGUACUACACUGAUUAUUCCUAAUUUGUAUGCAACGGCGCUGGGGUCAUAGGCGGUAAUGCUACUUGAUUUUGUAUGUUGUGAGAUGGUUAAUUCAAAGCUGAAUCAAUCUAAUCUGAAAGAGCGCCAGGAAGAACUUCUAUUGUUUCAACACUUUGGCUUUAUUUUGCCAAUGACUCAAAAGUCGAAAAGCUUUCGUCUGUUCAACCAACCAUAUAACGAAUUCAAACCCUAGCCGUUCUUCGUCCAAUUCUUCCAUUUUUGCAUAUUUUUUUGAAAAUCCUCAGAAAAAUAAACGGUACACGCGAUUGACAAAAUGUCAGGCGACGCUGGCGAUGGUGGCAGACGACACGGUCAAUGAUGACAACCGUGGAAUCAACAUUUCCAGUUUUCCUUUGUUGCACCUUGCCAGGCCUCAGUUGACCCCAUGAGGGUGGAACUAUGAUCGAAAGCAGAGCAGUAACCUGUAUCAGGCAUAUUGUGAUAAUGAAAUAUCUCAUACAAGUGCCAUGCGCUACCAGUAUCAGCCACAGAAACGAAGCGCAGGCGAAUUCAAGAUGGGACCAUGAUCUCACUCUUCGCCAACAGCUGGGUUGAGGUACCCUUGCGCACGUAGUUGGCGAUACUUGGUGCCUUUGUAUAUUUGAGACAUUUUUUACAAUCUAAUUCAUAAUCACUAUAUCCUUGGUAGAGGUCGCUACUCAUCUUUCAUUCGUUGACCUACCUGUAUUACACUGAUUAUUCCUAAUUUGUAUGCAACGGCGCUGGGGUCAUAGGCGGUAAUGCUACUUGAUUUUGUAUGUUGUGAGAUGGUUAAUUCAAAGCUGAUUCAAUCUAAUCUGAAAGAGCGCCAGGAAGAACUUCUAUUGUUUCAACACUUUGGCUUUAUUUUGCCAAUGACUCAAAAGUCGAAAAGCUUUCGUCUGUUCAACCAACCAUAUAACGAAUUCAAACCCUAGCCGUUCUUCGUCCAAUUCUUCCAUUUUUGCAUAUUUUUUUGAAAAUCCUCAGAAAAAUAAACGGUACACGCGAUUGACAAAAUGUCAGGCGACGCUGGCGAUGGUGGCAGACGACACGGUCAAUGAUGACAACUGUGGAAUCAACAUUUCCAGUUUUCCUUUGUUGUACCUUGCCAGGCCUCAGUUGACCCCAUGAGGGUGGAACUAUGAUCAAAAGCAGAGCAGUAACCUGUAUCAGGCAUAUUGUGAUAAUGAAAUAUCUCAUACAAGUGCCAUGCGCUACCAGUAUCAGCCACAGAAACGAAGCGCAGGCGAAUUCAAGAUGGGACCAUGAUCUCACUCUUCGCCAACAGCUGGGUUGAGGUACUCUUCCGCACGUAGUUGGCGAUACUUGGUGCCUUUGUAUAUUUGAGACAUUAUUAAUAAUCUAUUUUAUAAUCACUAUAUCCUUGGUAGAGGUCGCUACCCAUAUUUCGUUCGUUGACCUACCUGUACUACACUGAUUAUUCCUAAUUUGUAUGCAACGGCGGUGGGGUCAUAGGCCGUAAUGCUACUUGAUUUUGUAUGUUGUGAGAUCGUUAAUUCAAAGCUGAAUCAAUCUAAUCUGAAAGAGCGCCAGGAAGAACUUAUAUUAUUUCAACACUUUGGCUUUAUUUUGCCAAUGACUCAAAAGUCGAAGAGCUUUCGUCUGUUCAACCAACCGUAUAGGGAAUUCAAAUCCUAGCCGUUCUUUGUCCAAUUCUUCCAUUUUCGCAUAUAUUUUUUUAAGAUUCUCAAAAAAAUAAAUGGUACACGCGAUUGACAAAAUGACAGGCGACGCUGGCGAUGGUGGCAGACGACGCGGUCAAUAAUGACAACCGUGGAAUCAACGUUUCCAGUUUUCCUUUGUUGCACCUUGCCAGGCCUCAGUUGACCCCAUGAGGGUGGAUCUAUGAUCAAAAGCAGAGCAGUAACCUCUAUUAAGCAUAUUGUGAUAAUGAAAUAUCUCAUACAAGUGCCAUGCGCUGCCAGUAUCAGCCACAGAAACGAAGCGCAGGCGAAUUGAAGAUGGGACCAUGAUCCCACUCUACGCCAAUAGCUGGGUUGAUGUACUCUUCCACACGUAGUUGGCGAUACUUGGUGCCUUUGUAUAUUUGAGACAUUUUUUACAAUCUAAUUCAUAAUCGCUAUAUCCUUGGUAGAGGUCGCUACUCAUCUUUCGUUCGUUGACCUACCUGUACUACACUGAUUAUUCCUAAUUUGUAUGCAACGGCGCUGGGGUCAUAAGCGGUAAUGCUACUUGAUUUUGUAUGUUGUGAGAUCGUUAAUUCAAAGCUGAAUCAAUCUAAUCUGAAAGAGCGCCAGGAAGAACUUCUAUUAUUUCAACACUGGCUUUAUUUUGCCAAUGACUUAAAAGUCGAAAAGCUUUCGUCUGUUCAACCAACCAUAUAGCGAAUUCAAACCCUAGCCGUUCUUCGUCCAAUUCUUCCAUUUUCGCAUAUUUUUUUGAAAAUCCUCAGAAAAAUAAACGGUACACGCGAUUGACAAAAUGACAGGCGACGCUGGCGAUGGUGGCAGACGACACGGUAAAUGAUGACAACGUUUCCAGUUUUCCAUUGUUGCACCUUGCCGGGCCUCAGUUGACCCCAUGAGGGUGGAACUAUGAUCAAAAGCAGAGCAGUAACCUGUAUCAUUCAUAUUGUGAUAAUGAAAUAUCUCAUACAAGUGCCAUGCGCUACCAGUAUCAGCCACAGAAACGAAGCGCAGGCGAAUUGAAGAUGGGACCAUGAUCUCACUCUUCGCCAAUAGCUGGGUUGAGGUACUCUUCCGCACGUAGUUGGCGAUACUUGGUGUAUAUUUGAGACAUGUUUUACAAUCUAUUUCAUAAUUACUGUAUCCUUGGUAGAGGUCGCUACUCAUCUUUCGUUCGUUGACCUACCUGUACUACACUCAUUAUUCCUGAUUUGUAUGUAUCGGCGCUGUGUACGAUUGGUUGGACCAGUGGUUUAGCUUGCUCCUGGGGAGCCCCAUAUCAAAAUUUGUAGGGGGACCUACCCAAUUAUGUCGAACCUCAAAGACUUUUCACAAAAAAGUUUGCAGUGAAUAAUAUGAAUAAAUAGUGAAUAUUGAGAUCGUAGUAUCGAGUGUUGAGUUUUACUAUUAACGCUCCAAGAUGUCUUGCCUUUUCCUUUUUUGUUGAAGUUUACAACACACAAGACUAUAUCACUUAUUUACGCCGGUUUGUCUGUUGGUUCCUCUAUAUGUUGGCGAUAUUUUGAUCUCGUAUUUUCGGAAACGGCCAUUUCGGGAGCAGCUUGAGUGGGGUCAUAGUAGGCUACGUGAUUUUUGAAAAUGGUCCAAUUGACAGCGACAUUAUGAACAAAAAUAAAGCAUCUUCAGAAUGAUGCCAAAGUUUGCCUAUUGUAGGCUUUACGCCAAACAUUUUUCAAAUUUGCUUUCGUUGUUUCUCAUUUCUUCUGGCUCAGCAAUGUUGAUUCUUAUAAAAGUAAAAGUUCUCUGCCUCUGAAGUCAGUACCAAGUGUCAUAAGUGUCCUAAUCACCUUUAAUGUCAAAAAGCUUCUGUCAGCACUUGAGAAUGUAUGGUUUUGCAUACAGCCUAAAAAUUUGCGUGAGAUUGUUUAGAACGCUCCGCAUUUUUUCCUUAUCAUUGAUACGGCGGUAGCUACGUCCCUGGGUUGUACGCAAGAAAGCAGUUCAACUUUCGCCAUGUUCGUAUCUUCUUUUUUUGUCUUUGAUAUACUUGUCCAAGCAGUAGCCUGUUGUACGAACAGUAUUCUGUUGUGAAAUUUUGUCAAAAUUUAUGUGAUAUUUACAGCAAGUACUACUAUAUAAGUUAUAAAUUCUAGGAUAUUCAACACCAAGAAUACAGUAUCUCAAAAAAGUAUAUUGAUCCUAUGUAACCGAGUUAAUUUUACAGCUAAAAAUAAAUUUGAAAUUUGGCUCAUUGAAAAUGUACCAAAUUGAACAAAAAAAUAUUAAUAUUUAAGUUGCUAGGGAAUUUUUAGUAUUCUCUUUGACUUUCUAAACAGAAGUAUGAGCUUCAUGGUCCCGUGAUCAUGAACUUAUAAAGCAUUACCCAAUAAAUGGAGUGUCUGGGGAGAAUUCUCCAAUCUAGUAAUCAGAAUUUUCCAUUCGACAAAAUCUCGCGAAGCGAGACCAUGCGACAAUGAAUGUCGUUCAAGAUUACUUUACCGUCAUGUGCGUCCGCAGGUAGGGAGCUCAGGGGGGUCGUUAUGUUGUGUACAAUUUUUAGGAUUUUCCUACCAGUAUUAUGCCAAAAGCCUCGUGUAAAAGGGGAAAUCAUACCGAAGCUAGUCAUGAGUUUCCGGAAAUGAACAGCUUUUAUGAAAUACCCAUACUCGAAUAUUAGUUUUAAGUAGAUUUAAAUUAAAAUAAGCCAUUGGUAAUAAUAAUAAGUACCUAAUCAGGUAGAUAGUCAUCUAUUUAUGGUACAAAUUCAGUAAAAUGUAGCGGAAAACAAUGAAAUCAUUCCAUAAGAACUACCGUUUCCUUUUCAUAGCUACGUUUUUGUAGUUCUUACAAGUUUUUUGUGAUAGCCUUUUAAAAGCUUUAAUUUGGAGGAGUGGUCAGAUACUUUUUUUGAGGCACUGUAUUUCUUAACACAGCACGCUUGAUGUAAGCAUGUUAUAUAUAGGGCAAGGGAUGCUCAAAUUUAAUUAGUUCCAUCAAGUCACUUUCACUAUUAAUUAGAAGCAUAAAAGCUUCAAUUUGCUAUUGCAGGUGUUGGUUAAAUUUUGUAUAAAAUAACACUAAUUACAGUUAUUUAUAGCUGGACAAAGUCCUAGCUUAUCCUUCGUAUUGUCAAGAAAAUACAUUAAAAAAUAUAUUUUUAUUUUCUUCUUGGUUAUCA